GAGUUAUUACAAAACUCACACCUGUCAACACUGAUUGGUACUUGUCAUUUGUCAAAUCGCUUGAGUAUUUGAAUCUUAACGUUUUUCAAAUAUUUUUGUUUUCAAUACAUACAAAUCUAACAUUGUGUUCAUAUUCUCUUGGAUAUAAAUAAAAUAAUCUCGAAUUUCUUUAGGAUAACUCAUAAUGACAAAUACAAAACAGUUGAAAAUUACUAAAUUAUUUCGUAAGGGAGUGUCGAGGGUUCCAGAGGACGUUGACGACCUUCAAGAAGAGAUAGAACAACUGGAGCAAAGGCUAAAGGAGAGGCAGGAUGAGUUGUUUCAGAUGCAACGCGCCAAUCUUAGACGCAAAAUAUCUCCCAUUAAAAAAAGAGCAGAACCAUUUGUUAGGCCCCAGAAAAUUGUCUUAACCAACGCAAUAGAGGGUUUGAAGAAUAACUUGGAGUUAACUUCAAUGCUCACUGGUGUGGAGGUGCAGUCGUAUGAGGUAGGGGAGCACUGCUGUGUGCUGUUCCACAUGCAGCAUGACUCUCCGCAUGAGCUCAAACAUGGACUGCGGAUUGAAAUGCAGAGGGGUGCCAAUAUUGUAUCCAAGUCAUCUCUGCCCCUGGGCUUUAAUCUCAGUGGUGUGAUGGAAGACUAUGAUAACAUCAUGUUGCCAGAGUGUCUUGGCUCCAUUCGGAAGGCGCUGGUCGCGUACUAUGACAGGUUGCAGCAGUUUGAGGCUUUGAAGAAAAUGUUGAACAUUGAUGCACAGUUGUUCAAGAUUUUGGACGGCUCGCACAUUGAAAUAACAUUUGCAGUCCAAAGUAAUAUGGAGCAAGAGGAGGAUCAGAUCAACCUUGUGCUACUAUUGGAUUACAAAGUGUAUGAUAUCAGGCCCAAGCAGUUUGCUUUCAAAGAUAUUGAUCUUCCUGAGAGCGCAAUAUUAGCACUAAAGGAACAAUGCACAGUGUUUAAAAGGAAACCAUUACGCAAAGCAUUCAAAGAAGCAUUCCUCUCUGAUGUUGGUCCAUACAAACUAGUGCAACAAGUUGGUGCUGAUCCAGAGCAGAGACAACAACCGCGCCGACUUAAGCGUUUUAGAGGGAACAACUAUAAUUACAAUAAUGACGAUACGUUCCGGCCAGACGAUUGCUCUGGCGACAGCGACGACGGUGACAACUGACAGUCGACCACUAUUAAUGUGAGAGGAAGACAUUCACGAUUGAGGGUUCACUUUAGAGAUGGUUAUUCUGAUUUCAACAUAACACUGCCUACAUUUUGUUAGUUUAGGCUCCGAUACCCAUUACAAAAUUAGCCAGCAAUGAUGCGGCAAACUGUUUGUGUUAUAAUUUUUAUCACUAUUUUUCUUUUUAAUUGCUCACUUAAAAAUUAUUGGCAGUUUUGUUGUGGAUUUGGAUGUCAGUUCCAGCUGGUCAUAUCAAGCACAGGAAUUAAAUGGGUAAUGUAAAUAAAAUCACUUACUGUAUUAUUAAACUUUAUUUAAAAUAAAAUAAAAAAAAAGGAAUUUA